ACUUUCCAUAAGAGAAAAAAGAAAAAAAGGUUAGAAAAGGCAGUUUCCGGAAAUUUGAACAAUUUAAAUUCAAGACUGAAUUUUGAAGAAGUGUGCGGAGCAAUCUAACUUUACCUCCAAAUCCAAAAAUUUCAGGUUUCCCUCCAAACCUUUCAAACUCAAAUGCUCUUCUCCUCUCUCUCUCUCUUUAUAUUCCCACCAUGAAACUCUUCCUCUUCCCAUCUUCUCUCUCCUUCUCUUCCCUAAUUUUCAAUCCCUUUUCUCACUGUAACCCUAAAUCCAUGGCCUCCUUCAAACCCACAAUCCCCCUGACCAGCGAAUCCGCCCCUUCCCGCCGCCCCCCCUCGGGCGAGGUCCACGUCAUCAUGGGUCCCAUGUUCGCCGGCAAGACCACCGCUCUCCUGCGCCGGAUCAAGUCCGAGGGCGCCAACGGCAGGAAUGUGGCGAUGAUAAAAUCGAGCAAGGAUAACAGAUACGCCGUCGAUUCGGUGGUGACUCAUGAUGGGGCGAAAUUUCCAUGCUGGGCUCUGCCGGAUCUGUCCUCGUUUAGGCACAAAUUUGGAGGUGAUGCUUAUGAUAAGCUUGAUGUUAUUGGUAUCGAUGAGGCUCAAUUUUUCGAAGAUCUAUAUGAUUUCUGCUGCACGGCUGCUGAUCAUGAUGGGAAAACUGUGAUUGUUGCAGGCUUGGAUGGCGAUUACUUAAGGAAAAGCUUUGGCUCGGUGCUUGAUGUAGUGCCUCUUGCUGAUACAGUGACCAAAUUGACAGCUCGAUGUGAAAUGUGUGGCAAACGAGCUUUCUUUACCCUGAGGAAGACGGAGGAGACGAAGACUGAACUGAUUGGCGGGGCUGAUGUCUACAUGCCUGUUUGUCGCCAACACUAUGUCAAUGGACAAGUUCUCAUCAAAUCUGCAAGAAGUGUUGUGGAGUCUCAUAAAUUUAAGAGUGGCACCAUUUCAGAAGCAGCUGCAGUUAUUUAGUAACAGCAGUUGCUCCUUCACUGCCUAUUAUAUGUUAUCUUGCUAUGUAUUAUAAGAGGCAAAAGUAGCUGAUUGCCUGCAGUUUGUAGUUUGAAGUCCAAACAUGGGAAAUCUGAACCUUACAUUCCUUCGCUUGGAGUUUAUUCAUGAACUCUGAUGUAUCUCCUCUUUAUGUUUAUACAAGUAUUUUCUUUCCAAAAACCA